ACCACGGCAGGGGAGUUCAGCUCGCGUUUGACGUCAGAAGUCCCGUCUUGUCCGUGAAGUGCAGGAGCCAAACUGGCAGUCGCUUCGCAUUACGGGCGCGGCGUGUCAAUCCAGCGAGUCACCGACACACACACUAUGGGCGACAUGAUCUGCAAAAAAAGGGAAUGAACAUUAAAAUUAUACACUGAACAUGCAAUCUUUCUUUCGCAAUUUCAUUUUUCGUUUACAUUUUAUAAUUUAAAAUUUCAUUCCCUUUUUUGCAGAAAAUGAGAGUCAAACGCCGUGAGCUGCCACUCGGGAGGUGUGACACGCUGCUAUUUAUUUAGUUUAUUUGACUUUUCCUGUGAAACAUCCAACAAAACCAGACCAGCUCACCCUGCGCCUCCAGUUUUCUGUUACACCGAAAGUGAAAGUGAAGAGUCGGUUCGUAGUCUCAGCUCGACAUGCGUCUCCUGCCGCUCCUGCUGUUUCUUCUGCUUGGGACUUCAGGGUCACAGGCAGGAGUCACCGUGUUGACCUCACAGAGAGAAAUCGUCGCUCUACGGGACUCUGAUGUCAUACUUCCUUGUAGCUUUUCUGUCUCACCGGGCACAAUGGACCUCAAACUGCUGACCGUUUCCUGGUCUCACUAUGGCUUCGUGAUUGCCAAGUUUGAGAAAGGAGAGGUGACGGCGAGAGAAGAGGCCACUCUGUCUGAACAAAACAUCAGACAAGGAAAUGCCUCCCUGCUCCUGACAUCCAUCGUGAAGCGAGACGAGGGGCAGUACGAGUGUGAGGUCAAACAUGCAAAGCAAGAAGGAGCGGCCAGCAUGGCUCUGAUCAUCCAAUUGCCUCCUGAAGUCCUCCUACUGCCAGAGUCGGUUCAUCUGCUAACUGAGCAACAUCUGACCUGCUCUGCCAAGAACUUCUAUCCCAAAAAAAUCAGUUUCUUGUGGACGAGGAGCGGAGAGGCCGUUACACCUUUUAAUACCACAGAGUCACAGCGGAACCCCGAUGGCACAUACAACUCAUUGAGUGUUUACCGCUUUACACCCGUCAGCCGGGACCACCUGACCUGUGAGGUGCAGCAUGAGGGUCUGAAGGAGCCGCUGAGGAGAUCAGUCACGUAUGAGGGACUGACUGGCAUAGAGGUGGCACUCAUCGUGAUCGCAGUCAUCAUCUUCCUCCUCCUCCUCCUCCUCCUCUUCUGGUUCUUCUCAGUGUCCCUGUCACCUCUCGUCCCCCUCAAGUUGGUCCAGGGUGACCUCGGGUCAGUGAAGUGCACCCUCACAGGCUGGAGACUUGGACUGGUCACUCAGCACUGGUUUAUCAAUGACCAGGAGGUCAUACUGGACAAUCAGCAGAGAGACUGUGAGGAUGUCGCCUCAGUGCCCCUAAAUAGCCCCUCUGGUUACCAUCUGAAGACAGACCCCCCUAAGGAAGGCUUCUUUAGGACAGAGACCCCCGUGACCCUGCAGUUUACACCGACCCUAGCUGACCACAAGGGGGCAGUGUGCAGGUGUCAUGUCCGUCAUCGGCUCACCUGGAGGAGCGUGGAGCGCACUGUCACAUUACGGCCGAUAUUCAUUCGUCCACAACUCUCAGACAUCGAGAACGUCUCUCAGGACUCGGACACCGACGUGAAGCUGCAGGUCAGAGCUGAUGAGUUUCACCCCAAAGACAUCAACUUCACGUGGUCAGUGGGAGGCAGAGAAGUCACCUCAGAGUCAGCAGACAUCACAGAUAACAACAAUGGGACCUCCAGUGCAGUGAGUGUCUGCUCUGUCCCACUGUCUGAGGUCCAGGAGCCUGGGUUCAAGGCCUCAGUGGUCAUUGAGCACGAAUCUGUGGGAAAAGUGGAGAAGACGGUCACCGGUGACACCCCAGGUAUCGAUGGGCGCCCCCUGCUGUCCGACAUUGAAAUGCUCAGGUUCACUAAGGUAGGUGAGCCCUGCACCCUCAGCUGCACCAUCUCCAGGUUUUUCCCCAAAGCUCUCACAGUGACGUGGCUGAGGGUCCGAGCAGAGGGUGGACAUCAGCCUGUCACUGCAGGGUCCCCUGAGUGGAAAGCCACAGUGACCACCAGCCACCCAGAGAGGAGGAACAACACGUAUGAGGUGACCUCUGAGGUGCAGUUCACUCCUAACAGUCUCACUGAAGUGGAGGAGAUGACGUACAUCUGUAGGGUGGGACACGGGACCCUCAUGGGGAUCACCAAAGAGAAGACGUCCGGCAAACUGGAGUUAACAGCUGAUAGCAGGCGUCCUCGACUCUCUGAUGUGCAGAUUCACUUCACUGAGUUUCGUCAGCCCUGCACCCUGACCUGCAACGUCUCGGACUUUUACCCCAAAGACAUCAACGUGACCUGGAUGAGGAGACACAAGGGAACACAGGAGACUGUGAAGGCAGAGACACGGGAGUGGGGGGCCGCAGUGAGUCAGUGUGGGCCUGUAUUGACCGGUAACAAAUACUCACUGGUGUCUCAGGCCCGAUUCACCCCUCAAACCCUGAGUGACCUGGAGGACAUGGAGUUCAUCUGCAGAGUGGAUCACGAGGCUCUGAUGGGGAAACCCACUGAGAAGAUCUGCUCAGAGAUUCCUGGUCUGCACAAUCGACCCGUCAUGUCAGACAUUCAGGUGACUGAGUUUAAAGGACUCGGCCAGGACUGCACCCUGAGCUGCUCCAUCCAGGACUUCUACCCUAAAGACAUCAGAGUGACCUGGCACUGCCACAGGGCAGGAAAGAUGGGACCAGACAUCAGGACUUUACAGUGUGACCCUCAGGCAGGAGAACGAAGCUACCAGCUGGAGUCUAAGGCCAUCUUCACCCCUAGAACUCUGAGUGACCUGGAGGAUGUGAAGUACAUCUGUAGGGUGAAGCACAAGACUCUGAGAGAGGACACCAUGGAGAGGAGCAGUGAGAAGCUGAACAUACCUGCUCUACGGCGCCCCCCGACUGUGUCAGACAUUCAGGUGACUGAGUAUAAAGGCCUUGGUGAGCCCUGCACCCUCAGCUGCUCCAUCCAGAACUUCUACCCCAAGGACAUCAAGGUGACUUGGCUACAUGUCAGUGGGGAAGGACAGAAAGAAAUCGGAGCCCACCCGGUGACCCCAGUGAGAGGGGACAGGGACUACAGAGUGGAGGCUGUGGCUGAAUUCACCCCGCAGACUCUGAGUGACCUGCUGGACUCGGACUGUGUGUGUGUCGUGCAUCACGAGGCCUCAGAUAAACCUGUGGAGAGAAGUCUUGGCAAAGGGUUUUUAAAAGGUGUUACUUGUGAGCCCACCGUCUCAGAUGUGCAGGUCCACUUCACUAAAUGUGGUCAGCGCUGUACCCUCACCUGCGUCAUCUCAGACUUUUACCCCAAAGAGAUCAAAGUCACCUGGAUGAGGAGACAGAAGGGAAGACAAAGGACAGUUGAGGCUGGGAAGGGGGACUGGAAACCCACCAUAAGUCAGUAUGGGCCGUCAGUGACAGAUACUGGGUACUUACUGGUGUGUCAGGCUGAAUUCACCCCUCAGACCCUCAGUGACGUGGAGGACAUGGAGUUCAUCUGCAGAGUGGAGCACAAGACUACGAUGAAGACGCCUGUUGAGAAGAGCUGCUCUGUCAUUGCAGGUGUCUGUCUGUCCGGUCAAAAGAAAACAGAAAGUAAAUAAAAUAACAUCAAACUGUGUGAUUCAGGUAAACCAGCAGGACGUCACUGACCUAUCUGGCCUUUCUUGGUGUAUCCAGUGGUCAGCUUGCUGCUCCACUGCCGUGUACUUCUAGGUCAGCUCAUCCUGACACAAUGUCCGCCUCAGUUUACUCACUAAGGUCCAGUUCUCUUUAUCGCCUCUCCUUGUUAUUUAGCAAUCACAGUGGAGCACCCUGAGUAAACCCUGUGAUGAAACUCUCAGUGUUUGAAGAAGCCACAUCGACCCACCCAGACGUGCCCACCCACAGUCAGCUAAGAGGAGGAAAUGAGCCAAAGUAACCAGAAAGCUGGUGGUCCUUGGGCUGCCCCUCCACCUCUGCAGGCCUCAUCAAGUCACUUUGAGGACUCCUGAGUGGGCUGUCCAAGGUGGGGGGUCCUGUACACAUUUCUAUAACCCACCUGACUGUCAAGUGGGAGAGAAGCAGCUGCAGUCGGUCAUUCUGGUGGCCACAGUGUCACUUGUUCAUCUGUAUGAGAGCUUCAGGGCUUGUGCUUUGGGUCUGGUUGGUGGUCUCCAUUCUGGUUGGUGGUCUCCAUUGCUGCUCUCCUAGUCCCCACAUCUCUUCCCAGGUUGCACUGCUGUCACUUUGCUCUGCUGGUUACGACACUUCAUUCCUGUGACUGUCACACGGUGAGGACGUUUACUUCUUGUGACUCUAAAGGCUCAGAUGUUUCAUUGUUGGUGGUUGAGUUUCUGUGGCUGUCGCUGCUCGUCUCACGUCUGCCUCUUAUUUCACAGAUUUUACUUUAUUUGUGUUCAUAGUUCACUCUGAGUGUUUGUAGGCCUCUCCACGCAGCACGUCGUCCUCGUUGUCGUCUUCUUUUUAUUUCAUUUUCAGACUUCAAGUCAUCAGUUUGUUCUUCUUUGGUCACCUGAAGCCUAAUAAAGUGAUGGCCUGCAGAGCCAGGACUCCAUGUCUUCUGUCUUCUUCUCCUCCACUUCUGUUCCUUCGACUCCACAGCAGACGUCAGAGCGCAGUGUUCAAGUGUGUGGCCUGAGCUCCACUUCUGUGUCCUCCAUUGAUAAACGACCAGGCCUCAGUGGACAAUUCAGAGCAGACCACUCACUGCAGGGGGACACAGAUGUAGACGUAGGUCUGAUGAAAAAAUGGACUCUUGGAGCGAGACCCUCGACACCCCUGCUGCCAUGUUAAACACUAAAGUCAGGGUGUCGUCUUCAGGAGCUUCACUGUCCUUUUAGGGCUCACUGAGGGGUCUCACUUUAGGACUGGACUGAGGGGACCUGACUGCAGACCACCUGACGUGUAGACAUCACUGACACCGUGUCUGCCUUACCUGUCAUGGCGUCUUCUGGUUUAGAGCAGCACUGCCACCUGCUGGUGGAAAUUAAAAACAGCACCAGCACUGCAGUUGGAUUGAGUGCCCACCACAUCAGAGUCUGAGGGGGGACGGAGCUGUGGAGGUGGAGGAGGACAAACCUGCUGAUGAAGAGCCUGGGGGUCUGUGUGCCCACUUAGUGCAGACGGAGAUGAAUUCACUUGUAAUUUGGACCAAAUGUAAUGGAGAAGGUGAGCGAGUUUGACAAGUUUGACACCUGAGUGACAAGUUCACUUGUCAGCAGUAAAUCUAAAUGGGUCUUUAAACUCAAAGUCUACCUUGUAGAAGGUCCACUAGUUGUGUGUGCUGUGGAUUGGCGGUCAGUGAACCAACCACUGAAUUAAAGCACCUGAGGCACUCAUGGUGACACAUGCUGGCAGGUGACAUGUUGGGACGGCUGACUGGCUGUAAUCGGGGGUCUCGUUGGUCUCCUUCUCAACUCCACGUGUGUUUCUUAACAUCAUUUUAGGCUCUCGGUGAUCUUUCUGUAUCUAACAAUUCAAAUCGGCCCCUGAAGCCCCUUUAUCUGCCUCGCCAGUCAGUGCUCUGUGUGUUUAUCGUCGGGGGUCCUGAGGUGACUCUCCCACUGUGGCCCCCAUAAGUUGACACUCAGGCCUUUUCUGGAAUCCUAAUCUCUCGACCAGAAAUCCUUUACAUGAAAUACUGAACUUCAUAAAAAGCAGUGCUUACAAAAAAAGAAACGGUUGCUAUUUAAAAUAAAGAAGUCACAUUUGUUUUA